AUGUCUCUACCCAGUGACACGGAAAUUUCCCCUAGCCAGCCUAAGGCCGCCUCUGCUCCGUCCACACCUAUCCCGACAGCACCGCCAUCACAAGAUAUAAUCGCCGCCCACAAGAUGUCAGAAGCUGGAACAGAAUACUUUAUGCCUGACUUGGCCUCUCCAUUGAGCACGCUAGGACGUGGACUCGUGCCUUUCACAACAGCACCCAAGACCCUAGGUAUCGAUUGGCGAUAUGGUGCGCAAGGCACAAACCUCCUCGUCAACGCCGCCGAGGAAUCACGCCGCAGUGGCAACAGCACCUUCAGUUCCAACUUCGAGCGAUCAACCUACAUCAGCGGUCUCCAGAACCUACUCAGCGGAUUACCCCCAGACCUCCGCGACGCCGAAAUAUCCACGCUGCAGCAUGCAAUCCCACCGGCAGUGGUGAGCAAGAUUGUUCAAGAGAGUAGUAGUAGUAAUAGUAGUAGUAGUAGUAGUAGUAGUAGUAGUAGUAGUAGUAGUAGUAGCAGUGGAACCCGAGACAACAAGCCUUCGGAUACAAGACACAAGGGCGGUGUCGGUGUCUACAAGGAAAACUUGCUCCACAAGUUCCUUCUUUGGCUCUUUUGCCUCAUCGAUGGAUGGGUUUUCUUUCUUUGGCCCAAGCUGCCGUAUUUGUACGUCAGGAUGAAGCAAAUCAGCCAAGAUAACGGACAAGAGGUGGCUGGCAGUCUGGGGAGAGGCGCGCUGUCGGUUGCUGGUGCUAUCGUCUUCGUCGUGAAUCAGGAACCGGUGAUGGAGGCGACGCAGGCGAUUAGCAAGUGGACGUAUGAAGGGGUGAGGGGAGCUGUGACGGAUUUUGUGGCGAUGAAGAUUGCUGAGAGGAGUGGAAGCGGAGGGAAGAAGGAAGGGGAGGAGCCCGAGGUCAAGUUGAAGGCAUCUUAG